AUCCAAUCGUAUCGAACCUAUCUGUCAGCUGUACGGAGAGCGAAAGACCUGUCAAAUGGUGAAUAGCAAAGCGGUAGUGAGAAUAUUUUUAACAAAUAUGUGUUUUUAUUUCCAAUUUCACACACAUAGGUAAUCGCUAAACCUAGCCGUAAGCCGUAGUGUAAAUUAGAAAAGUGGCGAGCAUCAGCGGUGUCCCAUUAUGAGCUCCAGAGACAGGGACACUAAGUCCUUUCAGGACAAAUUGAAAGUGUUUUUUAAAAAGGGAGGUACGGCGCCGGUAGCAGCGCGUAACGAGCUGUUGGUGGGGCCCGAGCUGGAGCGAGAGCUAUCCCCCGAAACGCCGCUGGGCCGCCGGCUGCGCGCCAUCCGGGAAGUCGGCGAAAAAGCCCUGCAGAUACGGAUACAGGAGGGUGGUGUUGAGAAAAUUUGGUCAUGUACGCGAGACCUACUGGAGGACAGCAACGUGGAGAGCCGGCACGCGGCGCUGUGUUUACUGCGACGCCUGGCCGAGGGGCAGGAGGAGCAGCUGCUGGUGAUGCGCACCACGCUGUUCCACUUCUUGCGGGUCACGCACGCCGCCGCCGCGCCCGAGGAUGGGCCGCUGCGCUUCCGCCUGCUGCACACCCUCACCAACAGCGGCAAGAACAUCAACUGCUUCGAGGAACAGAUCGGAGCAUUCCUGUUGGAGUGGCUGGCGCAGCUGCAGCAGCCCGCGCAGAUCAUAGAGUUCCUGCAGCUCAUCAUCAACGUGGUCAAGUUCAACGCCACCUACUUAGAUGAGGAGAUCGUACACGGAAUCAUCAACCAGUCGUGCUACCUGUGCGUGUACCCGGCGGAGGGCGGCGUGGUGCACGCCUGUCUCUCGCUGCUGGAGGCCGUGCUGUCCUACUCGCUGCUGCCGCGCUCCGCUCUGCCCGCCUUCGUCGCCGCGCUCUGCCGCACCGUCAACCUCGACCAGUACUGCCAGACCAGCUGGAAGCUGAUGCGGUGCGUGGUGGGCGCCGACAUCGGGCACGCGGCGCUGCAGGAGCUGGUGCACAUCCUGCGCGGCAGCGGAGAGACCGGCGACGGCGGCGCGGCGGACGCGGGGCUCGUGCGCGGCGCCGUCUUCUACAUCAACAUGGCGCUCUGGGGACCCAAGAAGGUCCACAACCUCAAGGUGUCCUUCCUCGCCGUGCUGCCCGCCUUCCUCAAAGCGCUGAGCGGCGCGCAGGCGGCGGCCGUGGUGGUGUACGAGGUGGUGGUGGCGCUGCAGAGCCUGGUGGCGCGCGUGCCCCACGAGCUGCACGACCCCGCCGCCCACGUGCUGCUGCAGACCGUGCGCCGUCUGCUGCAUCACGACAAGGCAAUGGAUCCGCCCAACGAGCUGAUCCACUCGCGCGUGCACGCCCUCAUCUCGUCGCUGGAGGCGCUGCACGAGGCGGGGCAGUACCGCGGCCCGCCCGGCGACCUGCUCGACCUGCUCGACCACUGCGCCCACGACCGCCCCGAGGCCUCCGCCAUGAAGGUGGUGACCGCGCGAGCCGCGCAGCUGAGCGGCGAGGCGGCCGGCGCGGCGCUGGCCCUCGCCGACCGCUACCUGCGCUGCGAGCCGCGCCUGCAGGUGCGCCUGCACACGCUGGCCGCGCUGCUCGCCUACAUCCGCCGGCACCGCUGCGGGCACGGCGAGGAGCUGGCCGAGCGCGUCGGCACCGCGCUGGCCGCCGCCUGCGCGCUCGACGCCGAGGCCGCGCUGCGGGCGGCCGCCGCGCGCGCCCUGCCCGAGCUGGCGCGCAUGUGCGCCCCCGACGCCUGCACCGACCUCAUCGAUCUGCUGGAAAAGAUCCUAAACCGGCCGUUCGAGAUGUAUGUGACGGAUGUGCCCAUCCCCGCGGAGGCGGACACGAGCGACCUGCGGCUGGCUGCGGGCGGGCUGCUGGAGGUGUUGCAGGAGCAGGCGCUGCGCAGCCCCGGCGCGCUGGCCACGCGCGCGCUGCUCGUGCUGCUCGACCACCUCGACCACCACUACCGCCGCCCGGCGCUCUUCGUGCACCAUCCCGACAUCAGACUCAAGAUCUUCGACAUGCUGUUCGGUCUGCGCGUGAACGCGUUCAAUUGCGUGGGAUUCUGCUACGAGGCGAGCGGCGCGGCGGUGUGGGGCGCGGCGGCGGCUGGCCCGGGCGCGCUGCGUCUGCAGCCGCUCUGCUCGCCCUUCCUGCUGGCGGAGCCGCCCGCAGUGCGCGGCCAGCAGCCGCAGCCGCUGCAGCCCAAGGAUCUGCCGCCGGGCGCGUGCGCGUUCCCGGCGGGGCGCACGGCGCGCGCGCUGACGACGGCGCUGAGCAAGGAGAGCGAGUGGACGGUGCUGGCGCACGUGCUGCGCGCGCUGCCCGGCCUGCUGCAGGCGCGCGCGCUGCUCGUCGGCCGGCGCGCGCACGACCUCGACCUGCUCGCCUCCUCGCUGUGCGCCAUGGUGAGUGCGCGUGGCGUGCGCGCGAGCGGCGGCCAGAAGCUGUCGCAGUCGGAGCUGCACGCGACGGCGCUGCCCGCGCUGGCCGCGCUCGCCUCCUACCACAGCUUCCUGGAGCCACACACGCAACAGAGGAUCAUCCGCUGCCUGCUCAGAUACGGGAUGGUGCUCCGACAGGCGCAGCCCUACAUCAACGCGCUGACGAUCUUCACGCUGGAGACGCGCGAGACGAUGGCCAAGAUGCUGCCCGAGGUGCUGCUCGACCUCUCCAAGAUCUCCGACACGCAGGCCAUCGCCAGCCCCAUGCUCGAGUUCCUCUCCACGCUGACCCGGCUGCCGCGCGUGUUCGCGUCCUUCGUGGAGGACCAGUACAUGUCGGUGUUCGCCAUCCUGCUGCCGUACACCAACCCCUCGCGCUACAACCACUACGUGGUGUCGCUGGCGCACCACGUCAUCGCCGCCUGGUUCCUCAAGUGCCGCCUCUCCUACCGCAGGAACUUCGUCAGGUUCAUCAUUCACGGCCUGCACAAUUAUAUAAUUAUGCCGUUCGAGGAGCAGCUGCACUACAAGACCAACAACUUCCAGCAGACGUCAGCCAACGAGGAUUCCUCUAACCGUCAGCGUAGCUCCAGUCUGGGUUCGAAGGCGGUGUCGCGCGCUCCGCUGGCGGGCUCGCGCGCACCCGGCCCCGCGCCCGCAGCGCCCGCCGCCUUCCACGUCGAGCUCACAGAGACCUGCAUCGACCUGCUGGCGCGCUACACCUUCACCCCCUGCGCCGUCAAGCCGCAGAGGAGCGACAUGGCCGAGUUCCUGUUCAGCGGCGGCCAGUCGACCACGUGGCUGGUGGGCCACAAGCUCAUCACCAUCACCACCUCCGGCUGCUUGCAGAACUCCAUCAAGCAGGGACUCUGCGAGAGGUGUGCGCUGCUGUGUCGCCAGCAGGCGGACAGCGCGCCCAGCCCGCCUCACCCCGCAGACCUCGACACGUCCAACGUGCACCCCACGUCACACACGUCACACACGUCACACACGCUACAGGUACAAGUGAACGACAACUCUGACCACAGCCAGACCUCCUCCAACAACCAUCUCAACGUGCACAACAACCAUCCGCCUGAAGUCAAACGCUACAGCAAGCACUCGCUGCAGCACAGCCGCUCCACCGAGACCUCGUGCUCCUCGCUCUCCAUGUCGGAGGCGCUGCAGCCGCCCAGCGCGCCCGCCUCCAGACAAAACUCUGCGGAAAACAACAAGUCGAGCGAUUCAAUCUUGGACGCACUGAAUCAGUUUUCGCAGCGAUUCGAAAAGACAUCAAAGGAAAUGGAGCGGGAGACGGGCGAGUGGGGGUCGCGCGCGGGCGAGCUGGCGGCUGCGGGCGCGUGUCCCUGCUGGUGCGGCGGCUGGGCCGAGCUGCACGUGCGCUCCCCCACCGGCGACGUCUCCUGGCUGCUGCGUCUGCAGAACCAGAUGAGCUGGUCGCAGCUGCAGGAGUGGCCGCUGCAGGACGUGCUGGCGCUGCUCUCGCCUCCCGCCGCCGCCGGACCGCUCGACGACCUGCUCGACCACGCCCCACACGCCCCACACGCCCCACACGCCCCGCACGACAACAGCCACGCUCCCACGGUCACUCUCUUUGUAUAUCACUUUACAUAUGUUGGGGCGGAGUCGCGCGCGCGCGGGGAGCCGCGCCCCGCCGCCCCCGCCCCCGCCACCGCCGCCGCAGACCUGCACAAAUCCAGCUCGGACUCGGUGGUGACGAGUGAGAGGCGCGCCCCGCUCGCCGCACCACUCUCCACCCCGCUCUCCGCCCCGCCAGCCGCGCCGCCAGCCGCGCCGCUCGGCCCGCAGCCCGCGCGAUACCGUGUGUUUGAUGUGAUCGUUGGAGUUGUCAGUGUGACAAGUGAUGUAAGAGGUGUGCCUGUGUGCAGCAUGAGCACGCAGCCCAUCAACAUCCCCGGCUCGCCGCAGCGCCAGAGCUCCUCCAGCACCACUGACGACGACGACCUGCUGCUGGUCCUGCCGGAGAGCAAGUCGCGGCACCCCGUGCGGCGCUCCAACUCAUCUCCAGAGAUGUCCUCCUCGUGGAAGCUGAGCGUGCGAGACGAGGACGAGCUCGGCCCCGACGCCGACGCCGACGACGCCAACCACAUGAUAGUGUUGCCGCGCUGCGAACCAACAACUGCGGCGAUGACUUUACACGCGACCAAGAAAGCGGCGAAGAAGAGCGACAUGCGCGUGUCCUGUGAGGCCAUACCCGAGGAGAUCUCCGGCACCUCGCCCCUCGCGCAGCCCCCGCACCCUGUGCAGGCCCCGCAGCCCCCGCAGCACGCGCAGCACGCGCAGCCCCCGCAGCCCCCGCAGCACGCGCAGGCCCCGCAGCACGUCGACACUGAACCGCACGCGCACGCCGCCUACCCGCACCUCAUGACCUUGAACUCGGACCCGGGCACGGAGGGCGGCGGCGAGGGCGGCGAGGUCGGCGCGCACCACCAGCUGCAGAAGACGGCGAGCGACGGCACGGUGCCGGAGGGGCGCGGGCGCAAGCUGGGCGCCGCGCUGGCAGCCUGCGUCGCCGGCGCCCUCGAGCGGGACGACCUGCCGCCGCUCUCGCGCUCCAAGCGCUCCAACACCAUCUCCGUCAUGAGCCCCACGCGCCGGCACCGCGAGGCGGGCUGGCAGCGCACCACCAGCGGCGGCGUGGCUCCCUCCUUCGUCUUCCUGCAGCUCUACCACAACAUGAGCACGCACCCCAUCUCGCCGCCCGUGCCCGGCGAGGCGGUGGCCGCGCUCAACCCGCUGACGGAGCGGCCGCUGAAGGUGGUGGGCGUGCAGCACGAGCGCACCAUCAAGAACCUCGACCUGGUGCCGCCGCUGGAGACCUACAAAAUCGGUGUGCUGUACGUGGGGCCAGGCCAGCAGGACAACGAGGUGGCCAUCCUCAGGAACGAGUACGGCAGCGUGAGGUACGCGGAGUUCCUGCGCCAGCUGGGCACGCUGGUGCCGCUCGAGGGCAGCGACGAGCCCACGCUCUUCCUCAACCUGGAGAAGGGCGGCAAGGACGGCCGCUACGCCUACGUCUGGCACGACGACAUCAUGCAGGUGCUGUUCCACGUGGCGACGGCGAUGCCCUCGUGCGCCAAGGAUCCCUCCUGCAACGAGAAGCGCAAGUAUAUCGGCAACGACUACGUCUCCAUCGUGUACAACCACUCCGGCGCAGACUUCAACAUACUCACCAUCAAGGGGCAGCUGAACUUCUGCAUCGUAGUGGUGGAGCCCAUGGAGCACGGCAUGAACCGCGUCUUCGUCAAGACGAAGGACGAGCGGCUGCGCACCAAGUUCCUCGCGCACAUGGACGCGCACGCCGUCUCCGACGCCAACGUGGCGCUGCUGGCGCGUCAGCUCGCCGUGCACUGCGCGCUCGCCUCGCUGAUCUCUCAGUCGCUCAAGAUGGGCGCGGCGCCGUUCGCCUCCAACUCGCUGGAGCGGCUGCGCCUCAUCAAGCGGCUGCGGCGGCGGCUGGAGGCGGAGAGACUGGCGGCCGCGGCCUCCGCCCCGGCGCCCUACGCCGCGGCCCCCGAGCGACAGCGCCGCGCCGCCGCCGACGACUUCAACGACUACACGUAGCCCCCGCGUGCCGGUCCCUCGAGCCGGACACGGUACACAUGUACCGCAGCCGCGCUCCAUAGCUCAUCUCUGACAUCUCUGACACCACUGACACGGUCGCAGGCGCUCAAUACGUGAAAAUAAUAUCUCAGUAUAAUGUAGAAAGUGAGGCAGAUUCAAUCAAUUGUAAAUGAGAACAGAAAGUAGCGAUAGGAGGAGAAGUCGCACGCGUCCACUGCAACAAGCUUUGCGACCUGUGUACGUCUCGUCAGGUCGCAGUCGCAGUCCCCGGAGCUCGCAACUGAUCUAACAAAGUAUUACUGUAUCAUUGUAUCACACGCAUCUAGUGAAUGUAAAAACUUAAUUAUACAUUUCAUUGAUAAAAUUGUAUUCAACGUUAACGAAACUGUGGUUAUGUGAGUUGCGGAGGCGUGUCCUGUGUCCUGUGUCCUGUCCUGUCCUGUGUCCCUGCGCAGACGCAGGCGUCAUGUUCACCCACUUCAGUAUCGUCCCAAAUUGAGGCAGCUAAAUUCAUAGUUCAUUACCAAGGUUCAGUUGUAAAGGCGGCGGUGGACCUCUCCCACACUCAUCUCACAUUCGCGAAGGCUCUUUGUAAUUCGCGUAAAAAUUCGUUUAAAUAGAACAAAUGUAUUUCCAAAUAUCUGUACAUACAGCGGCGCCUUUUUAUUGUAUAAUGUUACAUUUUGAACGCCGGGCGAGUUUUGUUGCCGAGUUAUAAAAGCGCCCGUGCGAAUGAGCGCUCACUAACUAACUGAGCUGCGCAUCGCUAAGUUCCUCCAUUAUGAAUAUUUCAUAUUUCUCAUUUAGUUUUAUUACGAUAAAACGAACCUGAGAAUAUUAUCUCCCAACACGACGGGGGAAAGCUCUCGCCCCCUCGCCCCCUCGCCCCCUCGCCCCUUCCACUGUUACGUCUUCAGCUAAAUGUAACUGUGAGUGUUCCCACUGAAGUGACACUUGUUUUAAUACAUAUUGUUAUCUCUGUUGUGUCAAAGAGAAUGAAAGAGACGACAAUAUGUGUUGUCUGCAGGUCUGCCGGCGAGCGCAACACGCCCCACACGACACGCCCCGCACGACACGCCCCGCACGACACGCCCCACACGACACGCCCCACACGACACGCACCGCACGACACGCCCCGCACGACACGCCCCGCACUCGCUCAUACUUGGACAAUGUUUUCGUGGAAUGUGAUAAUAAAGUAACAUAAAUAAGAAGUUGUAUUUCGCGACAAUUGUUUUACGUAUGUAGUUUGUACUAAGCUUUGAUUCGUUGACUGUCCGCCCGCCGCCGCCUUCACCGCACUCGUUUGCGGCGGU